CCGUGCUGAUGGGUCGACACAACACAUUAAUCUCAGAUUUCUUUGCUUUCCACCCAUUUAUAUAUAGGUAGAAUCUAUAUCUUAGCAUCUAAGGUCCUCUAUAUGUAAAUGUGUCAAGUGACAGAGGAGUUAUAGCUAUUCUGCAGGGACAAAUGGAGUUCACUGGAGUUUUGAUCGUCCCGUUUUUGGUUGUAUCAGUUCUCAUAGUGGAAGGUGAAGAGGUGAUGGCUCUACCACCCUGUGAUAUCCCGGCAAUCUACAACUUUGGCGACUCGAACUCCGACACUGGUGGAAUAGCAGCAGCAUUUUUUCCAAUGGCGGCACCCUGUGGGGAGACAUUCUUCGGUAGGCCGGCUGGAAGGGGAAGUGAUGGGCGACUAAUCAUAGACUUCAUUGCUGAUCACCUGGGGCUACCACAUUUAAGCGCAUACCUGGAUUCUAUUGGGACCAAUUUCCAGCAUGGUGCAAAUUUUGCAACAGGAGGAGCAACCAUUAGGCAACAGAAUGAGUCCUGGUUCGAGCAUGGUGUGAGCCCAUUCCCACUCGAUAUCCAAGUCGAGCACCAUAAUCAAUUCCAGGAAAGAACAACCUAUUUCUACAAUCAAGCCAAGGAACCAUCUGAUAGAAUCAGGCUCCCAAGACCUGAGGAUUUCUCCAAGGCUCUUUACACAUUUGAUAUUGGACAAAAUGAUAUUGCUGCAGGUCUUCGAACACUGAGCAUUGAAAAGCUUCGAGCCACCAUACCAAAUAUAGUUAACCAGUUUGCUGCAGCUGUCCAAGGUAUAUAUGAAAAGGGGGGAAGGAUAUUCUGGGUACACAACACUGGCCCAAUUGGUUGCUUGCCUGUAUCUACUGUGAAUGUUCACGAUCCCCUGCCUGGGUAUCUUGAUGAGAAGGGCUGCAUCAAGGAUCAGAACGACAUGGCUGCAGAGUUUAAUAAGCAACUUAAGGAUAAAGUGAUCCAACUGAGGGCAAAGCUUCCCCAAGCCACACUAACCUAUGUGGAUGUCUACAGUGCAAAGUAUGGAUUAAUCAGCAAUGCAAAGAAUCAAGGAUUUGAAGAUCCUUUCAAGAUCUGUUGCGGGUAUCACAAAAACAGCAUCGAUGUUUGGUGUGGGAAUAAUGCAACUAUUAAUGGCACUGAAGUAUAUGCUGGUUCUUGCACAAAUCCUUCAGCAGUCAUCAGCUGGGAUGGUGUGCAUUAUACCGAAGCUGCAAAUCUUUGGAUUGCCAACCAUAUAAUAAAUGGUUCAUUGUCAGACCCACCAAUUCCAAUCACACAAGCAUGUAAUACGAUCCUGUGA